AUGGCGGCCGCCCUGUCGAGCCGCGUGGAGUCGUGGGUGCGGGACCAGGCGGCGCGGCUGCAGCCCUGGGCGGCGGCGUGGCUGCCGCAGGCGCCGCGGUGGCCCUGGCCCCCGCCGCGGCCCGCCUGGCCGUGGCCCGGGGACCGCAGGCGCCAACUGCUCCGCGAGCUCUGCCGCGCUGUCCGCGUCGACACCGUCGCCGAGCUCCAGGAGUUGCUCUGCGCCAUGGUCCUCGCCGAGUGCGUCUACAUGAGACCUGUUUCUGAGAUGAUGAGAUAUAUCAACAAGUUUAAGUCUGAUUUUGGUGGAAACAUUGUGUCCCUAGAGCGUGUUCAACCAUCCUUGGAUCAUGUACCACAUCGUUAUCUGUUAGCAGAGGCUGGUGACACCCUAUUUGCUACAUUUAUUGGCACAAAGCAGUACAAGUAA